AUGCCCAUCGUCACACGUCGACCGCGAGCGUAUCUUGAUCAGACUAAGUUGGCCCUGUAUCGCCGUUUCGAACGCGACGGUCAAGUAGCCGAUCUCUACGAAGCAUUCGAGGUGGCCAAACAGGCGUUGUCCGCGGGACCUCCCAACGGAUCCGCAAGGACGUAUACGUUGGCCACAGCGGGAGGAAUCCUUACGGGUCUGUUUGAGGUCUCGGAUGUUACGGAGUCCGAUCUCGAUCAGCUCGUUGCAUGGCGGCAGGAGGCUCUUCGGUUGGCCCCUCCCGGCCAUCAUUCCCGCCCCUAUCACCUCAACAACGUCGCCGAGGCCCUCCAGCGACGU